AUGCAAACGCCCGAGUCUGCUCUGUCAGCUUUCAACAAGCUUAAUGACCACGUCUACAUCUCAGAUCCUGAGGAGUUCCCAGACAGCAUCAAUCCCCCACUCAUCAUCAUCGCGUUAUGGAUGAACGCUGGGCCCUCCGCUUUACUCCGAUAUGGAAAUCAGUACCGGCGCAUGCUCCCUACCGCUCGUAUUGUGAUCCUCCGCUCAGAAACCAAUGACUUUUUCCUCGGCUCCAGUGAUGAGACACAGAGUGCUCAGCUCGCUCCCGCUGUGAAUGCUCUCCGCACGUUCGCGGUCCCGGGGAACCCCGUAUUCAUCCACCUCUUCUCCAAUGGUGGUCUAGUGAAGACCUCUCACUUGAUGCGACUGUUCAAGGAGACGACAGGAGAGCCGCUGCCCGUCUCGUCCAUGGUUAUUGAUAGUGCCCCUGGUGUCACGAGCAUCCAGUCUGCUAUGCAAGCUAUCUCCUUCCAGCUUCCGAAGUUCUGGCUUUGGAGACUGGUUUCUCAAGCUGCGUUGUGGGUAUACUUGGUUUCUAUGGCAAUAUAUGGGAAGAUCAUCAAUGCCCCCAAUACGGUCUCUGUGGCUUGCCAGCGGAUUAACGACAGGACGCUUUACCAGUCUACUGAGAAAGAGGGUCUUGUACGGUACUACAUUUACUCUGAUGCGGAUAAGAUUGUUCUUUCGGAGCACGUUGAGGCGCAUAUCAGGUUUUCGGAGACUUGUGGUAUUGCUGUGCGUCCUGAGAAGUUCAAGGAUGCGCAGCAUGUUAUGGCUAUGAGGACUGAUCCGGAGAGGUACUGGGCUAUCAUCGACAAAUGCUUGAAGCGUGGUAAAGGCGCUUGA